AGUUUCUCCUCUGACGCAAAAGGGUGAUUCCCACACACUCACACUUUGACACACACACUCACACAGAGUCCUGGCUCUCCGUCUGUCAUUUCCUGGAUCCAGCGUGUCCAAGCUGCUGUGGAAACUUUUUAGCAGUGUGUUGUUGAAGGGAAGGAGGGAGGAUCGAGUGGGGGAGCUCCGGGAGAUCUACAGCCGCUCUGCUGCACUCGAACUCGGAUCAGUCCGCCUCUGAGCUCCGGGAUGUCGGCCGUGAAGGCUCUGCAGCAGUGGUGCCGGGUCCGGUGCGACGGAUACCGGGAUGUGACCAUCACCAACAUGACCACCUCCUUCAGGAGCGGCAUGGCUUUCUGUGCCCUGAUACACAAACACAGACCCGAUCUCAUAAACUUUGAUUCACUGAAUAAGGAGGAUGUUUAUGAAAACAACAAACUGGCGUUCAGGGUCGCGGAGGAGUUGGGAAUUCCAGCGCUGUUGGAUGCAGACGACAUGGUGGCCCUUAAAGUUCCUGACCGCCUCAGUAUCCUCACAUACGUGUCGCAGUACUACAACUUCUUCCAUGGACGCUCCCCCAUCGGGGGUUUGGCCGGUAUAAAGCGCCCGGCUGACGGCCCCUCAGGCGGCCCCUCAGGCGAACCAUCAGGGAAGAAGAACCAGCCGGUGGUGGCGAAGGUGUUUCCAUCUUCCAAACCGGCCAGAGAGAACAGCCCUCCACCCUCCGCCAACGUCACACGGCCCUCGUCCUCCCCGAGACAGACCAGAAAUACCACAAAGGAUGUUGUGGUGGAGAAACCUCAUCAGACAAGCACCUUAAGCAACAAGUGUGCGUCCUGCAACCAGCAUGUUCACCUGGUGCAGCGACACCUAGUGGACGGGAAGCUCUAUCACAGGCACUGUGCAAAGGCAAUGUCGCCUUCAAACCCCACUGCACCUUUCAGAGGUUUACCCACAAACACUCCUGUUUCCAGAUUCACGGCUUUAUUAGAACCAGCCCAAACCAAACCAACGCCUCCAAAUCAUCAAACUCCUUCAAGUCCUCCAUCUUACCGAGCUCACACAACUCCUUCAAGUCCUCCAUCUUACCGAGCUCACACAACUCCUUCAACUCCUCCAUCUUACCGAGCUCACAAAACUCCUUCAAGUCCUCCAUCUUACCGAGCUCACAAAACUCCUUCAAGUCCUCCAACUCAAACCAGUGCAACACCUCCAACUCCUUCAACUCCUCCAUCUUACCGAUCUCAUAAAACAAAUCCAACUCAAACUCCUGCAACUCCUCCAUCUUACCGAACUCAUACAACAAAUCCAACUCAAACUCCUGCAACUCCUCCAUCUUACCGAACUCAUACAACUACUCCAGCUGAUCCAACUCCUCCAACUUACCAAACUCAUAAGACUCCUUCAACUGCUCCAACCUACCGAACUCAUACAACUAAUCCAACUCCUCCGACUAAUACUCCCUCCAGAUUGGGACCAUCGUGGCUGACGGAGAAACCCAGCCCCCCUCCCAGCAUCUCCACCACUUUCUCUUCUUCGUCUCCUUCCCGGCCUGCUUUGAAUCUCUCUUCUGCUGCUAAAGAGACCCCGACACCUGUUGUCUCCAAACCUGCGGCCUCACGGACUACAAAUGUGUCCACCUUCGCCACAACGACCACGAACAAAGACACAAAGACACCGUCUAGCAGCAAAACGACCACGUCUAUAUUUACAACAACACCAUCGGAGAACAAAACUACAACGUCUAUCAACACAAAGACACCGUCUAGCAAUACAUUUACCACGUCUACAGUUACAAUGACACCGUCUACGGACAAAACGACAACGUCUAUCAACACCAAGACACCGUCUACGGACAAAACGACAACGUCUAUAUUCACAACGACACCGCCUACGGACAAAACGACAACGUCUAUCAACACAAAGACACCGUCCACGGACAAAACAACCCCGUCUUUAUUUGCAAAAACACCAUUUAAGAACAAAACGACAACGUCUAUAUUCACAACGACACCGUCUAGCAACGAAACGACAGUGUCUAUUAACACGACACCGUCUAGCAACAAAACGACCACGUCUAUAUUCACAACGACACCGCCUACGGACAAAACGACAACGUCUAUCAACACAAAGACACCGUCCAGCGACAAAACAACCACGUCUAUGUUUGCAAAAACACCAUCUAAGAACAAAACCACAACGUCUAUAUUCUCAACGACACCGUCUAGCAACGAAACGACAGUGUCUAUUAACACGACACCGUCUAGCAACAACACAUCAACAUCUAGUAGCACAAAGACACAGUUUAGCAACAAAACAACCACCUCAAUCAACACAACAACACCGUCUAGCAACACGACACCGUCUAUUACCACAACAACAUCAGAUAACACAAGGCCCGUUGCUGCUCCUCGAAAAUCCACAACGGCGGCAAAGACGCUGAAGUCCAAGCUCAACUUCUUCAAAUCAGAUAGCCCUCCUAAAGAAGAAGAGAAAAAGACUGUAACCACCAGCAUCGUCAUCAACAAAGGGCCGAAUGCGAGCGAUACGGUGCAGGAGAAGGCCUCGGCAGCGCAGGCAGUCACCGUGGUGGUGAAUGUUGGAGGUUUGGGUAAAAAGGCGAAUGUGAGCUGGGAUACAGAGGAGAAAUCUAAAGCAGUUAGUGGAGGAGAAGAUUCAAAGACUAAAGCAGCAGCAGCAGCAGCAGCAGCCAUCAUCUCCAAAAAACUAACAGAGGAAAACAACAACAACAACAGUAAGCCAGCAUGGACCAAUGUAGCGCUGAAGAAAACUGACAAGCCUCCUCAGGUGGAAACUCCUAAGAAAGAUCCGGAGCCUGUGAGAGGGAGACGGAGGCUGAAGGCCGACCCCUCCAUCCUCGCUGACCUGCAGAUCCCCAAAGACCCGAGCCCCGUCAGAACCCCAGAGAGACCUGCCUCAAAACCCCGCAAUGCAUCACCCUCUGCAUCAGAAAACAGUGACUCGCCUUCAGACUGGAGGUCGAAGCUCAAACCCGUCUCCAAACCUGCUGCUCCCUCACAGCCCUCUCAACCCUUGGCUAAUGGAGCUGGAAAACCUCAGACUUCAGAUUCAUCUCCCUCCUCUCAUUUGUCCACCACCAGCAUUUCUGUCACUCCACCUGCAGAAAAGGGAUUCCUGAAUGGGAAAGGCCAAACUACAAAUGGCACCAAGCCUGAGUCCAUGAUUCCCAAGAAGAAACCAGACUACAUUCAGAAAGAGGACAUCAUAAAGGAGCUGCAGGACAUCGAAGAUAAUCUGAACGAGUGGGAGGGGAGAGGAGUGGAGCUGGAGUUGAGGCUCCGCAGCAGCGAAGCAGAUGGAGAAGAUGACGCAGUCAGUGACGAGCUCAUGAUCGAGUGGUUCAACUUGAUCAGGAACAAGCAGGUGGCCAUGCGCCGGGAGUCAGAACUGGUUUACAUUGGGAAAACGCAGGACCUGGAGGAGGAGCAGCCCAGCGUGGAGCAGGAGCUGCGGAGACUGAUGGAGAAACCAGAACAUCUGAAAACUCCCCGGGACAAGAAGAGAGAAGAGCAGCUGAUGGCCAAACUGGUGGAGAUCGUCAACGACAGAAACGCCAUCAUCGAGGGUCUCGAUGAGGACAGACUCAGGGAGGAUGAGGAGGAUGAAGAGCUCGACAAGAUGAUGAUGACUUUCAACGUCAAGAAAGACAAACCAAAGAAGAAGUCUCCGAUUACCAAACUGUUCGGUUGGGGGAGUAAGAAGGAGGGAUGACGCUCUGCAAACACACCGCAGCUCUCCCUCUGAUGUUGUGUGUUUGCUGCUCUUGUUGUAGUCUUAAUGUCAGCGUACUCAGCCUGUGAUUCAUAGGAUAACACUGAUAGUGUGUGUGUGUGUGUGUGUGUGUGUGUACCUGUGUGUGUGUCCUCGUUUUGAGUGUAUGUGUGAUCUGUCAUUUUAAGCGCUUUUAGAAAAAUGCCCUUCCCUCUGUCGACUGCAUCACUCAAGAUCUGACAUCGCUCCUGCCUGCCAGUGACACACACACACACACACACACACACACACACACACACACACACACACACACACACACACACACACACACACACACACACACACACACACACACACACACACACACACACACACACACACACACACACACACACACACACACACACACACACACACACACACACACACACACACACACACACACGACGUUGAGGGGUUAAUGACUCACCAACCGUGUUGUGAUUGGGUUCAGCGCUCCAGUUGUUAAUUUUAAUACCCUUCUCGUCUUAAUCUGUCUACUUAAUGCUCUCUCACUCACAGACAUGCACACACACACAUUUCCUCUAUCGUCUCACACACGCCACUUGCUGAGAGGAUGCUUGUACAGUACUCAGUGUAUACAGUAACACGGAUGCUAAUACGAGUUAAAGAACAAAGCACUCAGACAACUUUAGGGUCACUGUCUGACCUCUUUUAAGUCGAUUACAUGUUGAACUUUUAACAUUUAAUCUUAAAGGUCCCGCUCUCUGUCGUUUUCCUGUCAAACAGCUUUACAUUUUUAUAUCUCGGUCAAAAACAAGUGUACUCCGAGCCAAGGACUAUUCUUUCUUGGUAUAAUAGCAUCUCGUAGACUUGUGGUUCAGGAGUGAAAGCAAUAAGCCGUUAUUCCCCUUAUCUCUGAAUUAUUUUCAAUGAUUUUCAGAAUAUUAAGUAUCAGAGAAGGAAUAAUCAUUCUUUAGCUGAACUUGUUACAGCCUUUAGAUAAAUGCAACCUAUAUUGAGGAGAUAUAUAAUCAGUUUUUAUGUCUUAAAAGUAAAAAUAAAAACCCUUAUGCAGAAAUACACUCAUACAGUAUGAGCGUAGCAUUUCAAUCCUGGUCUUUUGGGAACAGCAGAUCAUGAAAGUUAAUUACUAAUCAUUUUCAAAUGUCCACAACAUAUUAUGGUUUCUAUUCAGCGUCAAUUAUCGUUCAAGAAUGUACAAAACAAUCACAAUAAUUACGAGUUAUUCUCUUCACUGUAUACGUAUUGAUAUGUUUUAGUUACACAUUUAUGAGUGAGUUAACAUACUCAAACAUGGUUCUAACCAAGUCACCGGACGUCAGGCUUUGUUUUUUUCUUUUCCUAUCCACUCGUGUUCAGCAGUACUUUAAUAUGUAGUUUGUGUUUUUACAGUCGGUCUCGAGAAAAAGGAUGAAUGGUUUGUGUCAUGUGACUCAAAGGUUUUCAAACUAAAAGCAUGUUUUGACUGGAUCUGUUGGUCCAUAUUGGAUCUGGAUUUGUGUUUAUGCUCGAGGCACUGAAUCAAACUUCAAAUGUCUGUGUUGUGACCAAACUGCUCUAACUAGUUGGUACUAAACAACAUUAGGAUUGUAUAUAUGUUAAUGUUCUCGUCCCUUUUACUCCCCUUUAUCUCUGUAUAGUGUAUAAACGCGUAUAUGUAUAAAUGGUACUAACGCCAGAUUGAUUAUUAAAUGGAGAAACCUGCCUGGACUUACUUCCUGUAAAAAUGACUGUAAUAAACCUACUAAAAAACA